AUGCUCUCCAAACAAAUCUUGGGUCGUUUCCUCGAUUUCUCCGAAACCGCGCCGGCCUUUACCAGCCUUUAUGAGGGUAUGUGGAAAAUGUCGGGUCGCUGUGGCGACCAAGGUAGCGUCAUGACGAGCAUGAUAUUUGCUUGCAGCCUUGUGGUCAUCGGGAUUGAGGUAGACAUGCAGCGAAGCCGGGACCUGGAGGCCCGAUCGUAUUGGUUUGCCUUGGAGGCCUUGUUUGCCGUGUUCUUCGGGGUGGAGGCCCUGUUGCGGGUUCACCAGCUGGGAUUUGACUACUUUCUUGAUGCGUGGAAUGUCUAUGACUACACCUUGGUGACCCUCAGUGUUGCGGACGUUGUUGUGAGCAUCACCGUGCCCGGGUCUGGGGGACUCGGAAUCGCGAAGAUGCUUCGCAUCUGCCGGCUGCUGCGUAUCUACCGCUCCAUCAAGGGCUUGAAGGCGCUUGCAGGCCUUUGGGUCAUCACGCAAGGCUUCCUUGACUCGCUCUUGGCCGUGGUUUGGGUCACCUUCGCCUUGUUCCUUUUCCUCUUCAUGUUCGCCGUGAUUGUGACGACCAUGGUGGGGCAAGACCUCGACAUCCGACGAGAAUGGAGCGGCGCGGAUCUUUAUGUGGGCGGGCUGUGGAAAUCCAUGCUCACCAUCCUCCAGGUGUUCACAAUCGAUUCCAUCGCCACUACACUGGGACAGCCAUUGAUGAACAUCUCGCCGAUCACCGUAGCAAUGCUGGUGAUAUCAGUGGUUUUUCUGAAUUUCGGGUGCAUUAACAUCCUUGUGGCGGUGAUGGUGGAGCACAUCGUCAACAUUGCCGCAGAGACCCGGGUGAACUUUGCCAAGGUCCUGGCCAAGGUUGAGAGCAAGGUUUUUGGCGCCAUGCUGGAAGAGUUAACCGAGUAUUGCGAUGAUGGGGAAGGUGGCGGAGAGCUGACCUACAAGGACUUCAAGAAGGUGAUCCGUACCAAGACCAUGAUGGAAAAAAUGAAGCUGCUCAACUUUUGUUUCGAUGAGAUGGAGCUCCUCUUUGAGCUUAUGGAUGCCGAUGGGAGUGGCUCCGUCAGUCCGAAGGAGUUCGUGGCAGGCUUGCGGAAGAUGAAAGGCACAGAGCUCACGAUAAAUUAUUUGGAUCUGGCAGACGACAAGCAGGGCCACCCCUUCCUGGACGUGCGUGGCAGCCCGGCGCCACCGUCUGGCACGGCGGUACACUUUUGCGUGUGA